AUGCCUCCCAGCCGGGGGGCGGAUCGAAUCGGAGUUUCCUUAGGUAGCCACCGACCUACAGUUCUCCUUAAACUUCUGUGCUUGGUGGAAAAGAAGCGAACAAAGGUACGCUCGCUUGCUGUCUUGUUCUCUGCCGCGGACUGGGAUCGCUCGCCAGCUAGGCCCUCUAGAAAAAAGUUGGAGCAACAUUGUAUGAGAACAUAUUACCCAUCUUCGGGGACAAGGGGCGGAACGACCUCUCGAUCUACUUACUGCAGCCCAGGACGGGCGUCGUCGUCUAGGCGUGACUUCUUGUUUUGA